AUCAGAGAAAAUGAACUUUAGUGGUGACACGCGCCUGUGGAAGCGCUUGGGGGCGAUUAACAACUGACCAUUAAUUUUGUUUGGAAACACGUUUGUCUUCCUCGCGGUUGAACUUGGCUAUAAAUCCACACACAAACCAAACGUUUUGCUCUCGUUCAGAAAUCACUCACGGCCAUGGAAGUAAUCUACAACACAACAAACUCCACCGCCGCUUACCUCUCCGCCUAUUCGCCGACGUCCACCGACGUCCUCUCCCCUGAAUCGCCGGAACCUGAUCUUCGGAUCCUCACAUCCGGUGGUCUUCGCAUCCCGGCCCACUCUAGCGUCCUGGCGUCAGUGUCGCCGGUGCUGCAAAACGUUAUAGAAAGGCCGGGCAAGCGCCGGAGCUCCGAGAAUGUCAUCCCGAUUCUCGGUGUUCCAUGCGACGCCGUUUCCGCCUUCGUUGGAUUCCUCUACUCCUCAAGGUGCUCGGAGGAACAGAUUGACAAGUACGGGAUUCAUAUGCUGGCGCUGUCUCAUGUAUAUCUGGUUCCAAAACUGAAGCAGAGGUGCAUAAGGGGAGUUGGCCAACGGUUGAAGAUCGAUAACGUGAUAGACGUGCUUCAACUCGCCAGACUCUGCGAUGCACCAGAUCUUUACCUCAAGUGUGUGAAGCUGGUCUCCACUAAUUUCAAGGCAGUGGAGAACACAGAGGGAUGGAAGUUCUUGCAAGACCACGACCCCUGGCUCGAACUCGAGAUCCUCCAAUUCAUCGAUGAGGAUGAAUCUAGGAAAAAGAAAAGGAGGAGGCAGAGAGGGGAGCAGGAGCUGUACGUUCAGCUAGGCGAUGCAAUGGAGUGUUUGGAGCACAUUUGCCGAGAGGGUUGUACUAGUGUGGGACCGUGCGACAUGGAGCCCACAAAACAGAGAUUACCGUGCAGCAAAUUCUCGACGUGCCAAGGCGUGCAGCAGCUGAUCAGACACUUCGCCACCUGCAAGAAGAGGGUCAAUGGUGGGUGCUUGAGGUGUAAGCGGAUGUGGCAGCUUUUUAAACUCCACUCCUCUAUCUGCGACCAACUCGAUAUUUGCAGAGUCCCACUUUGCCGGCAAUUCAAAUUAAGAGCACAUCAGGAUAAGAAAGGUGAUGAUGGGAGGUGGAGGCUGCUGGCGAAGAAAGUGGUAUCAGCCAAAGCCAUGUCUUCCUUUGUCCUUCUCCACCACAAACAAAUGUAAUUUAGAACCUUCAAUUCUUUUAUUUUGUGUGUCUCCAGUCCUUUGUAAACUAAUGAAGGUUUUUUUGUCUUUUUAUAUUUUUGGUUGGUUCUUUCUGAAACCCCAUUUUAGAAAAGAGGAACCUCCAUGUAAUAUAUAUAUAUGUAUACACGCAAUAUAUUAUGGGGUUGAGUCUGUUAAGGAAAAUGUAAUAUAAGCAUGGAGUGGUUGCUUUUAUUUCCAAAAAA